AGGCUCUUGAGAACACCUAAGGAAAAAUCUGAAUCUGUUGAGGACCUUUCAGGGAUCAAGAGGCUCUUAGAGACACCUGAGAAAAAAUCAGAACCUGUGGAGAUAUUUUCAGAAAUCAAGGUGUUGUUGAAAACACCCAAACAGACUAUGGAGCCUCCUGCAGAUGAUAUUUAUACUACAUCUAGAUUAUCUACUGAAGAAGUAUUAAAAGACAUGAUUGGAAGUGUUACCAAAAAUGAAGCACAAAUUAUGGAAGAUACAACUAUUAAUGGCAUUACUGAGGAAGUUAAGGAAACUGUGAAGCUAAUAGAAGAUAGAGGAAAUACUCAAAUGAUGUCACCAAAGCAAAGAUUUGAACCCAUAAAUAAUAUGGUCGAUAGCAGUCAGACGUUGAAAGCAUCAAAACCAAAAUCUAUGCCAACUGAUGACUACUUAGGAUUGCAAAAGUUUAUAAUUGAACCUAAAGAGAGUUUCAUAAUUCUUGAUAUAGAUUAUACAGGUGUCAAAGAAAUGUUGGACACUGAAAAUGAUAAGGCUAAAAUGCCAGAAUCUCUGAAUUUUGUGGAAGAGAAUGGAUCUUAUACCAGUUCCAGAAAUAAACUGGAGUCCAUGGAAAAUGUGCCUGGAAGUUGUGAAGCAGACCUGGAAAAAGAAUCUCAUUUUCUAGUAACAAAAAAUAACAGUAGUGUUCCAAACCAUGUAGGCUAUGUUGCAUGUAAUUUAUUUAAUGAAUUGAAAACAGAGUUCAAAAAAACAACCAGAACAAUCUCUCUCUCUGAAAACUAUGAGCCAGAUGGAAUGAGUUUCAAAAAUGAAGCUAACACUGAUUUUGUAAAAGAAGCAACUGAAAAUUCUGAUGUAUUAAAAACAGAAAAGCCUGAACCACUUGCUUUGGGUAGAACAAGGAGAAGGAAAAUAAAUGACUGCAGUUCUGCAGUAUAUACUAAGACAAUUGAGAAGCCUACAAAGAAUAGAUCAACACCAGCUAAUUGUGAGCAAAUCAGUGAAAAUUUUGACAGCCACACAGAACUAAAACUAUUGCACAAAUCUGAAAGUAAUUUUACGAUAAUUGAAACAACCAAAUUAUCUAAAAGAGGGAGAUCAAAGAAGCAGAAUGUUAAAACAAAUGGGAAUAUAGGAUCUAAUAAUAUAAGCCAUACUCAGGAAUUAGAAAAACCUUUAAAGGAAACAGCAGUGGAAAAACAUUCUGUGAACAGGAGAAAAGUAGCAACUAAAAGAAAAGGAAAAAUGGUAACAAGUAUGGAUUUGGAAGAAAAUGGACCAAUUCAAGAAAAUGAAAAUGAUUUAACUGCCAAAACAAGGCUAAGGUCUAGAAAUGUAAAAAAGAGUGCAAGUGACAUAAAGACAACAAUUGCCAAAGGUAAAGCAAAUGAUACAAUGUCAGGGGAAGAAAGUAAUAAAAGAAGAAAGAUUGCUGCAAUACAAUCAAGCCCAGAAACAUUAAUCACAACUUUGAAUGCAGAUGAGCAAGGAACACAAAAAUCUACAAUAUCUAAAAUAUGUAAAACCGAAGCUUCAGAAAAUAAUCUAAAAGCAAUGGGGAAAAAAUUAGUGGAGAAGAAAAAAAAAGUUCAGUUUUUACUUAACGAUGACUUUAAGGCUUCUGAAGAAAAAUGUGUACUUGGAUAUGAGAGUAAUACUCAUAAAGAAGAAAGUCAAACUGAAAACAUUUGUAAUGGGAUUCCAAAGGUUCCCUUGGAAAGCAUGCAAACUCCCAGUCCACCCAGAAUAGAAAAGCUAUCAAAAAAGAAUCUGCCUAGCAGAGGUAGAGGCAAAAAAUCAGUUUCCAAUCCUUCUGUAGAAAGUGAAAGCAAGCCAGCCUCUGAUGGGAAAGAUCAUGAUGUGAUUGUCAGUCUAAAAGAAAAUCAGCCCAGAAGAAGCAGAGGGAGAAGGAUAGAUCAAGUGGUCCUCAAAUCUGUUCCUUUAGAAAAUAUUUCUGGAGAUUCUACAGUGAACAAAUGCCCUUCAUUCCAAGGUGGAUGUUCUUUGCCACAAGCUCAAAAUGAAAAUUUUGAAGAAUCUGAAAUGUUGCCAUUAGAAAAUGUGCAAACUUGUGAAGGGCACAUUCCGCCAAAAAGGAUAGUAAAAGAAAAUCCACCCAGGAGAGGAAGAAGCAGGCAAGUCAAUGAAACAUCUGGUAAUGAAGUUGAUGUCCAAGGUCCAAAUAUUGAACAAGAGGAUAAUCAAUCCAAAAAGGCAAGAGGGAAGAGAAAUACUCAAGAAUCCUGUUCACUGAAGAGCCAAAGGACAGUGAAAGAGAAUCCACCCAAGAGAGGCAGAUAUAAAAAAUCUAUUUCUGGUGUUAUAUCUACAGAUUCUAACAGUACACACACAAACCCUAUAAUAGGCGAAAAUAUAGAUGGCAAAAAUGCUUUCCUUGCAAAGGAGGAUCAAUCAAAAGUAAGUAGAAGAACAAGAAACACUGUUAUAUUUCAGAAAAUUCUUUCUCCUGUCAAAAAUGACUCUUGUCAUUUGCUGUCAUCAAACAGAGGGGAACAUUCAGAUGAACAGCCAAAUGAAGAUUUGAAGACAGAAAAUAAUGCAAAUGAGAAUUUCACAUACAAAUGUAGAAAAAGGAAAGCAGUUCAUGAAAUUUCAGCAAACUCAAUUUCUUCCAAUAAUGACAUUCAACAAAAUGGAAAGAAAGAUUCAAAAGCUGUAUCAAAACAAAAUACAUCCAGAAGUAAAAGAAAACGAUUAGCCCCUUGUGGAAUGUCAGCAGAAAGUAAUGAUGAGCUAAGAAUUAGCAGUAGAAAGAGUCCUUUAGUAACAGGUAAUCUUGGUCCUUUAGAAAACAGUUUUGAAAAAAAGCAUCAAUUGAAGCAAAGACAAGAAACUAAUAUUGCAUCACUAGUUCCUCCCUCCCUGAACAUGAGCAUCACUUUAUCUUCUGCUAAUGAGAAUCAAAGUGGAAACUGCAAAGAAUCUGUUGGAAAAGGUAAAUUAGCAAAACUUUCAGGUACAUACAAUAUAAUUACACGCUCUCUCAGAGGAAAGCGCAUUAUUCCAAAAGAAGAGUUUGUUCAUGAAAUUCAAAACAAAGAUUUGCAGAAAACAGCUAAGGCAACUCUGAUCAAUCAAAGAAGAGGUAGAGGAAAAAUUAAUAAACUUGAGGCUACUGUUUCUCCUUCCCCCAAAGAAAAAUGUACAUUAUCAGCAGGGAGUAACAAUUUUCCUAAUGAACAAAUUCUAAAUAAUGUUUCUAAUAAAAAAAUUUCCUUAAUGGGCAAGGCACCGAAAUUUCUUGAAAUAAAAACCAUGACUCAAAACAUCAAUCAAAAUGAUUCAUCUAAUUAUGACCAAAAUAAAAAUGUUAAGCACUCAAAUAUGCUGGUGCAAAAAGGUUCAUCAGAACAUGCAAAAAGAAAACAAAUUAACAAUUCGGAAACAAUUACCACUGCUAACAUGGUAAAAAAUGUAACUCCAGAAAGUAAAUCAACAGUAUCUAAAACAGUGCAAACAAGAGGAAAAAAGAAAAUGAAAGAAGAAAAUACCACUCUAAUAAUGACGGAGUUGCCUAAAGAAACUGAAGGCAGGACAAGAGCAAGCAAAAGAAUAAGAAAAUAGAUUAUAAUAUUUGCUCUGGGUGCAUUUUUUAAUCCGAAAAAUUACAACUUUAAAACUUUGAAAUUGAAAUGCUUCAACAUUCGCUUCAGCUUAACCCUUGACAUUUAUAAUAUCUGAUGCAAAUAUUUUGUAAAUAGCUUUUCAAAUUAUUUUUGUUUAAAAUAUUAAAGGAUUAUGAAUUUAAAUUUUAACUGAUUUGAUUUGUAUUACCUGUAAAUUUUUAAAUGCUAAUGCUUCUGAACUUAUGUUUUUCAAAAUUAAAAACACACUUAAACAGUAUUGCUUUGCAUGAUAUUCCAAUUGAAGCUAAGGUGUUUGCCACACUAGCAAAGGUUAGGCACAGUUCUUGGAAUAAUACUCAGGGAGAAAAACCAGCUAUUCAAAACAGAAAUCUGAAUUUGUACAAGGCCAGUGUUUUCUCUGUUUAGCAUUAUCUCUAAAAUCUUGCUGUUUUGUACAAGACAAUUCUGGAAGAUGUUUGAUUAGCAGUUGGAAGCAUGAUCUGUAAUCCUGUUGAAGAGUUCCAAACUGGGAAAAACCAUGGUUUGGAAGUUUGGAUAAACUGCUGGAUAGGUUAUCAUACUGUCAAAGCAAAAUGCUGU